AGUAGUAGUUGUAGUGUGUAUGGGGAAAGGUGUGCAAGCUACUAAAACUUACAGCCAUGGCCGGGAAGAAGAAAGAGAUCACCUUGCAGGUUUCUGUUAAUAAUCAAGAACAUUGGGAGGAGGUUAUGGCUUCCAAAGGACUCAUUGUGGUGGAUGUUUAUCAAGCUUGGUGUGGUUCAUGCAAAACAGUAGUCAGCUUGUUCAGAAAAAUCAAAAAUGAACUGGGAGAUGACCUUCUUCAAUUUGCAGUGGCAGAAGCUGAUAGCAUUGAUUCUCUUGAUAAAUACAGAGGAAAAUGUGAGCCUACCUUUCUCUUCCUAGCGGGAGGAGAACUGGUUGCCGUGGUGAGGGGAGCCAAUGCCCCAUUACUUCAGAAAACCAUUCUAGAACAAUUGGAGGCAGAGAAGAAAGUCUUGCAAGGCUCAGAACGGCAUGUGAUAAAAGAUGAGGGUCUUCUGGAAGAGGAAGAAGAGGUAUCCCCUCUUCCGGCUCAGGCUGAAGAUGAAGAGUUAGUUCCUGCUGGAAAAUCGUAUACAGUAGCCAUUAUUAAACCAGAUGCUGUUGCUCAUGGGAAGGCAGAUGAAAUCAUCAUGAAGAUUCAAGAAGCUGGAUUUGAAAUACUGGCAAAUGAAGAACGGACUAUGACAGAAUCUGAAGCCAGAGACUUUUAUCAGCACAGAGCUGGAGAGGAGAAAUUCCAGGAGCUGAUACAGUUCAUGUCUAGCGGUCCAUGUCAUGUUCUCAUCAUCUCUAAAUCAGGAGAAGAUGAAGAUGUGAUUCCAACUUGGAGAGAGUUUAUUGGCCCAACUGAUGUUGAAAUUGCCAAGAAGGAAAAACCAGAAAGUCUGCGAGCUCAGUAUGGCACAGAGGUCCUCUAUAAUGCUGUACAUGGAAGCAAUGACCGGGAACAAGCCAGCAGGGAGCUGGCCUUCUUUUUCCCAAAUUUCAAAGUCUCACAUCAAGAUACAGCAGAGUCCACUUCUAGGAACCCAGAAAAGACGUUAGCUUUGAUAAGACCAGAGACCCUGAAAGACAGAAAAGAUGAAGUUUUGCAGAGCAUUCGAGAUGCUGGUUUCUCUAUAGCACUGCAGAAAGAAGUCAUGCUGAAUGAGCAACAAGUUGAGGAGUUCUACAAAGAGCAUGUUGGCAAGGACUAUUACCCAGCCCUUUUGAAACAGAUGACCAGUGGCCCCACAUUAGCCCUGGCAUUGGUAAAAGACAACGCAGUAAGUCACUGGAGGAAUAUUCUGGGACCUGUCAGUUUGGAGAAGGCAUUGAAUGAAGCACCUGACAGUUUGCGAGCUCGGUUUUCCCCUAGAGAUAGCGAGAUUAACCAACUUCAUGGCAGUUCAUCACCAGAAGAGGCUGAGAAGGAAAUUAACUUUUUCUUUCCCGUGGAACAUACUCUGGCUGCCAUUAAACCUGAUGCACUGGAAGAACACAAAGAUGAAAUCUUGGAGAGAAUCCAAGGGGCAGGAUUUACGAUCUCCCAAGUCAAAGAGACAAAACUAAGCCAAGAGAUGGCCGCAGAAUUUUACAAAGAACACAAGGGGAAAGAGUUUUAUGAACAGCUUGUUGACUACAUGUGCAGAGGCACCUGUUUAAUGAUGGUCCUUACCAAGGAAAAUGCAGUACAAGAAUGGAGGUCAUUGAUGGGACCUACAGACCCCACUGAGGCACAAAUGUCUGCUCCUGAUUCUCUGAGAAGUAAAUUUGCAAAAAGUGUAUUGCAGAAUGCUGUCCACGGCUCAUCCAACCAGGACCAUGCCACGGAAAAGAUCAAAUUCAUAUUUGGGGAUAUUGACUUGGAGAGGACCAUGAAUGACUCUGUUACAAAAACAAUACUUGAGGAGCCUGAAGGUGAUGCCAACCAAAAUGAGGACAAUGACCCCAACCAAAAUGAGGACAAUGCCAACCAAACCGAGGAACACACAGGUUCUGCAGAAGAAGCAGAGACUGAACAAGAAAACUCUUAACAUCUGGACAUGUGGGCAGUUUGUAUUCAAUCUGAGAACUUGCCUUUGCUGUGAACCUCUAAACCAUGCAAGUGACUGAGAAUGCAUGACUAUAAAUAAUUACUAGUUACUCUGUAGUAGCACUUAUUCCGGAGCUUCACAACAUCCGUACAGCAGACGUUUCUAUUUAUUUAUUUUUUGAUGUUCAGAGGAGAGCCACAUAUAAGAUAUAAGCAUACUUGGCAAGAGAGGCCUCAUGGUAGAGUGGCUGUUACAGUGCAUUCAGAAAGUAAUUAUACCACUUCAUUGGUUCACAUUUUUAUGUUAGAGUCUGUGCUUCAAUUGUUUAAUUUUUCUUUUCCCCAUCAAUCUACACUCAAUACACCAUAGUGACACUGCAAGAAAACAAGCAAACAGAUUUUUGACACCAUUACAAAUAUUCUAAACAGAAAAAAAAACGGAAAUACCACCUUGACAUAACUACACAGACCCUUAACUGGUUGAUGCACCUUUGGUGGCGAUUACAGCUUCAGGCCUUUUUGGGUAUGAUGGCUAAAGCUUUGCCCACCUGGUUUUAGGUAGUUCUACCAUUCAUCUCUGCAGUUCCUCUCAAGCUCCUCUGAUUUUCAGG